CUGUGGUUAUGUUUCAUGAUAAUGUUUGGAAUUAAAUACUAAUAAACUACUUACUGAAUGCUGCAAUGUAUAUAUACUACUUACCAUUUUAAAAAAAAAGUUGAAAACGUGAAACAGAAUGAAUUAUGCAACACAAUUUUUAAUGGUUUUGAAAAAAGACUUUUAUGCCCACCAAGGUAAAUACAGUACAGUAAAACAAUACUGACCACAAACAUUUGAAUGGUAGUGUACAUACCAUAUCCUGAAGAGUAGUAUUGUAGUAUUCUAUCCCAAAUAUAGUUAUGUGUUGCCUUCAGUGUUGGGAGUUAUGUAAUCAGAUUACGUUUUUCAAGUAACUAGUAAAGUAAUGCAUGACUUAAAUUUACAACAAAAUAUCUGAGUUACUUUUUCAAAUAAGUAACUCAAGUUACAUUAUUUUCCCGUUUAUUGACUAAUCGGGAGUAAGUGCAGAGGCGUUGUGUGUGCUGUGUGAACAUGAUGGUUAUUCUAGACUAGUUCUAGACUAAAUAUGGGCAUACAUUUUCUUUUACUUCUCCUGGUUCCUAUUCUUCUGUAUUGCAGAAUGGCAGCACAGCUGAAAGGCUUGUUUGUUUGAACUGCGCCCUCUACUGUACAGGCGUGAAUUUCUUCAGCCUGAGGCUUAUUCAUUUCACUUUUGGUGUGAAAGGACCUGUACAUUUGGCAAAAAUAUAACUUUUUUUGUUGUUAUAAAAAAACAGCCCAGCCCAGAUGAGAAAAGCUAAUGCAUUAGUUUUAAAAGUAACUUUCCCCAACACCGGCUGCCUUGCCAUGUGAAUAAAAAAAAUAAUACCUCCCAUACACCAGGUGGUGCAAUUAGCCUUAUAAACCCAGUUAAGUUCUUACCAGUAAUCUUCUUAGUUACAUUCCCCCUCCCUCUCAGCCAUCUGCUUUGGCUCAGAGUUCAUUUUCUUACUGAGGGCUAAAAGAGAGAUCUGUCCAGCUACCUCAGGAUGUAUAAAGCUUUUGACAGCCUUUUAGAAAAUGAAAGCAAGGACGACGAAGGAUCCCUGUCCUCUUCUUUCUGGACUGAUCAGGAAAGUGAGGGGGAAGACAGGGAAUAUGUUAAGAAAGAAAACGGAAGGAUUGGGAGAGAGCCUGAAGGAGACAGUAAUGAUGAGAAGGAAAGAUUUGUAAUGGGAGAUGAUAAAAAGGAGAGGAUGAAGGAAACACUUCAAGGGAAUGAGUUGGAGAAGGAGAAAUAUGUGCUGGCUGAAACAAAUCCUGAGGCAGAUGAAGAUGGAAGUGAGGAAGAGAGAGAAUGUUUCAUAGAAGAUGAAAAGGAAAAAAACCUAAAAAUAACAAGAACAGAUCUAGAAAAAGAGGAGGAGGAGGUAAAAGGCAAAGAGAAUGAAGAAGAAAGUGAAGAGGAAACAGGACAAGAGGAGGAAGAAGAAAGUGAAAAGGUGGAAAAUGAGCUGGAAGAGGAGGACGAAGAAAGUGAAGAGGAGGAAAAUGAGCUGGAAGAGGAGGAAGAAGAAAGUGAAGAGGAGGAAAAUGAGCUGGAAGAGGAGGAGGAAGAAGAAAGUGAAGAGGAGGAAAUAAUAAAAGAGAUUGAAGAAGAAAGUCAAGUGGUGGGAAAGGAGGGUGAAGAGGAGGAAGAACAAAGUGAAGUAGAGGAAAAAAGAAAGGAGAGCCAAGAGAAAGAAGAAAGUGAGGAGGAAAAAGAAGCAAGUGAGGAGGAAGAAGGAAGUCGAGACGAGGAAGAAGAGUUUGAGCUGUGUGAACAGGGGGAAAGGGAUAAAAAGAAGGAAGAGAAGAGUCUUAAAAAAAGUGAGGAGGAAGAAGAUAGUGAUGAGGAGAAAGAGAGCUCUGUCAGUGGAGAAAACACUGAGGAAAACAAAGCCCAAAGCAAUGAUUCAGAUGGUGAGAAAGAUCAGGUGAGUGUGGAGGAGAGUGAAGAAGAAGAGUCUUUUCCAAAAGAAGACUCAAAUAGUGAAGAAACGUGUACAGUUAAAGAUUCAGACAGUGAUGAAAAGAAAGAGAGUCUCACCAAGGAAGAGAGCACAGGUAGAAGUGGGGAAGAACAACAAGACGAGGAGGAAGGAGAAGAAAAUGAAGAAGGAGAUAAUGUAUGUUUUGUAUUAGAAGAUUAUGAAGGUAUUGAGGAAAAAAUAGAUGAUGGUAAAUCUUUUGUGAAGAAAGAGAGCACAGGAAACUCUGAAAGUGAGGGAUCAGAGAACAGCAAACCGAAUGAGAGAGAAGCUAACAAUGAGGAAGAAAUGAAAGAUGAAGAGGAACAAACAGAUGAGGAGGAGGAAAGAGACUGUUUCGCAAAAGACAGUACAGAGGAAAACCCUGACAGGGAUGAGGAACAGGAGAGGAAUGUUAAAGGAGAUGGAAACAGUGAAGAGAAAGAGAAGGAACGUUUUAUCAAUGAAUAUGACAAAGAGAUAGAACUUGGAAAGAGUGAUGAAAAAGAGGAAGAUAUAAGCAACAAUGUCGAUCUGGCAGAGAACAGGCUGGGAGCAGAUGAACUUGAAAGUGAGCUGGAAAAGGAGACACAACAAUGCAAAUCGGCUGAAGAGAAUGAGGAAGAAGAGGAGACAGGCUGGUUUUUUGAUGCACCUGUUGAGGAAAAGGAGAGUUGUGACCAGGACAGGAAGUCAUGGGCAAGUGAUGAUGAUGAUGAUUAUGUUACAGUAACCAGUGGCCAUUCGCAGAAAUUAGAGGAAGACAACUAUAACAUGUUACCUGCUUGGGAAGAAGAGCAUGCUGAUGUACGGCUGAAGAAGGAAACUAGAGACAUCUAUGUUGAGGAUUUUCACGAAAGUCUGGGCAGCCCUGCCGCAAGCAUUUUAACGUCCGGUUAUGGCACGUACAGACCAGACUCGUCUAAAGAUGGAGACCCAGAGGAAGUGGACUAUAGAGAUGACUGCACUCUGGCUGGAUUAGAAGAAGAGAGAGAGUCGAUCUUAGAUGCUCGUGAUUAUGAUGAUAACAGCAGUCUGGUGUGGUUCAGAGACAAUCAAGCAUUAGAAACAUCUGAUGGACGAGCUCCUGCAGAAUCACCAGAUGAUAGGCAAGAUGUAGACACACAACACCGUACUGAUCUAAGCCGUGAUGGAUCUGAGGAUGACAGUCGUCAAUUUCUUGACAUGCCAAGCAAAGAUAAUCAAGCUGACCAGCAGCAGACUCCCGCAGAGAAUGACAUUAGAACUCAAGAUGCAGGCUCUCAAAAUGUAGCAUAUUUCAAUGAUGAUUGGGGGGUGGAGGCUUUGCGGGAUAGUCUUGACCACCCGUUUAAUUUGAGGCACAGGAGGGGCAAAGUUCAAAGGAGACCUGAAGAGAAACAAUAUGAUGAUGGAUAUGAUGACUGCACAAAGGAGAAGAGAGUCAGAGCUUAUACUGGCUGCCUUGGUGUGUUACACUGUUUAAAGGGAUUUGCUUAUUUUGUAGUUAUUAGAGGUAUAGCUGUAGAGCAGGGCUCGUCAAUUGGCGGCCCGCGGGCCAAAUCCGGCCCGCAGCACCCCAGUCUCCCUCCUCCUCUUUUCCUGGCGGUGCGGCUAAAUUUGGUUAGAUACGUGGCCGCAGUGGUGCCUGCAGCUGUACGGCUAUAUACGCACGCUCCUCCGACUGACCUGAGAAACAUUUUCCGUGCAAAUAUUUCAGCAGUUAUAUAUGUUCCGUAUUUCUGUCGACAGAACCAGCGAUACCUAUCAUUCGUGAAUUAAUCAUUCUUUUGUCUCGAUUCUUUCUUUUCCGUGAAUUGGCCAAACGCGCUUGCAUAACGAUCUGAAACAAUUUGGAUUUGUUCGGACCGCUCUGUCACUGAAUCAUCUGUAGUUGUUUUUUCGAUCAGUAACAACAAGUACAGAACAGAUAGCGCUGUUUUUAUGUGUUUCACUAGUUUACUUUGAACUACGCAGCACGACCCAUAACGGAAUGAAAGCUUAAAGGAGCUGCGUUUAUUCCCAGUCACCAUUAUUAAACAGCAUUGCAUCAUCAAGUGAGAAGCGUUUCAAUUUGACACACACCUCUCGGUUACAAACCACAAAUCACUCGAUGAUUAAAAUAAUUUUAAAUCGGAUGAAACAGCCUCAACAUUCCCAAAGAGACUGAUGAGGAAAACAGGAGAAAUGUGCCAUGAAUGAAGAUAAAAGACUUUAAAAUCCCAAAAUCACCACUCUUACAUUUACCAUGAAUGAACUGUAAUUUACCAUGGUUUGUGGAAACGUGGAAUAUUUAUAUUGAAUACUAUGUUAUAGCCAUUUAUAUUGCAAUAUAUUUAUUAGGUGGGUAGGGGAAUAUAUAAUUAAUGUCUUUGUUAGGGUGUAGUUUGUACCUGUGUUUAGGCGUUUUUUUAUAGGCCUAUAUAACAUAUCAUAAUAUAAUAUCAUUUGACAGUGGUAGUGAGUAGCCAUGUAUGGUUUUACCUGUGGUUACCAAGCCUAAUUAAUAAUAAAAUAAUUCUUACCAAUAACCCUAUUUAUGCAAAAGACUAACCUUGUGCUUGUGGCCGCUCAUUUGGAAUACUCCAAAUUCACUAAUGUCAGAACGAGUUUAAAUUACUCACCCUCAUGUCGUUCCACACCCGUAAGACUUUCGUUCAUCUUCAGAACACAAAUGAAGAUCUUUUUGAUGACAGAAUGCUGUCAGAUUUCCUUCCAUUGACUGCCUUUGCAACUUCCAUUUUGACGGUUCAAAAACUUCAUAAAGAGAUCGGAAAACUAAUCCAUAUGAAUCGAGCAAUUUAUUCUAAAUUAUCUGAAGAGAAUCGAUCACUUGUUAUGAUAAAAAGAUUUAAUUUAGGCUUUUACUCGCAUGUAAACAUUGAUCUUAACAAACAAAACCAAAAGAAACUUAAAAAGAUCUUAAUUUGUGGUUGAAGAUGAAGUCUUACGGGUGUGGAACGACAUGAGGGUGAGUAAUUAAUGACAGAGUUUUCAUUUUGGGGUGAACUAACCCUUUAAGAACAAAUUCAUGUGUGUAUGCACAUGUUGUGAAUUAGGCAGAGAUUUUUCAUGAGAAGUUCUCCUGUGCGUACAAAUAUGAAAUAAUACACGCAGUUAUUAGUGAAUGAGACCCAUUAUGUUGAAAACAAUUGUGCAGCUUAAUAUUUUUGUGAAAACCACAAUACAUUUUUUUGAUGAAUACGGUAUGUUUUAGAUGUGUGUAAUCCUAUGCUUGUUU